AUGACACCAUGGUCAGCGAUGAGUUCAGAUAUGCAGAAAGUGAUCCAUAACCUGUUGGAUAUCAGGAGGGGAAAGUAUCCUGCCAAAGAAUUUAUUAGAUCAGACUGUUCUCAACCUCGAAAUGUCAGUGCUUUGAAGAAACAGGAUUGUGCGUUGAGUUACUGCGAAACAUUGAUAUUGACUGAUCAUAAUACUGGUAAGUAUGUAUGAUAAGGCAUAACAUCAUAGUAAAUUGGCGAAAUAGCAUUAAAUUUAACCCAAAGAGAACUUAUACCAUAGAAAAUUAGUAUGCAAAAAUUCAGAUUUAAUUUUGCACUUUUAAAAUUCAAAUUUGAAAUUUCGCGCCAAAACUUUAAAGUGUCAUAAAAAGGUGACAAAUUAUCAAAUCGAACCAAAACUUUGUAUAUAGGCUGUUCAUACAAUAGUAAACCAAUACAUAUAAUAUUAAUUUUACAUCUUGCACUUUUAAAAUUUAAAUUACGUUUGGCGCCAAAUUUUAAUUUAAAAAUUUUAAAGUCAAUUUUUUUAAAAGUGCAGUAAGCGUGUGAUAGUUUAAGAUGGAAAUAAGACUGAAAGGCCAUAAAAACCGAUUAAUUCCGAUUUUCAGCUUCAUCGUUCACGAUACGUGGCUGUGCCGAGAAGCUGGGAGCGAUAGAUGAUUCAUAUAUGGAGAGACGAGGAGACAAUGUCUGUAAGAAGUAAGUCGCAACAAAUGAUUUGGACGCUUUUGUUUCAAAAUUACAAAAAUAAGGUUGUUUUAAAGUGGUAAAGGUAGCAAAAUACGACUUGAUGUUUUUCACUUUUAAAAUAUUAGGCCGUUCAAAUAAUUCUGAGCCUUCAAACCCCAAAUUUGCAUUGGCAGGGGGCGCAGAAUUAUUUGAACAAUCUAAUAUUUAAAAGUUAAAAAGAAAUUUAAAUACAAAAAAGUUAAAUUCAAAUACAAAGAUUUAAAAAAUUGAAAUUCCAGACUCCACAACUCGGUAGACAUCCAGGAAUGUAUAUGUAAAAACAGAAAGUACUGCUAUACGGGACCUCAACGUAGGAAUCUUGGAUAUUCAGAAGAAGCAGAAGCUUCAUUCUUAGCACCGCAAGCUAGGUCCAGCGGUGUUCAAGCCUACCUCAGCUCAUUUGCCAUCAUAUUGUACAUGUUGUUGUUGUUAUAG